AUGAUUGAUUUCUGGAAUUGGUUCCUCCCAAGGGAUACACCCGGUACGCCCAUGGCUCAACGAACGGGUUUCGGUUGGACGUUGUUUGGAAAUGUCGAUGGAUCCGAAUCCACUUCGCUCGGCUUACAGUCUCUGCAUUGUGAAGUUCAUUUAGAUCGAGCGCUCACUAGACUUUGGGAGUUAGAAGAAGCACCGAAAAAGGCCCACCUCACCUACGAAGAACGCUAUUGUGAAGAGUUUUUCGAAAAAGCGCACAGAAGGUCACCUGACGGUCGAUUCAUAGUAGAGCUGCCGCUGAAAUCUGACGUACCCUUGGGAGCAUCACGAAGUUAUGCUGUUCGAAAUCUACUAAGCAUCGAAAAAAGACUUGCGCGAGAUGACGACCUACGCCAAUGCUACAAUGAGUUCAUGCAAGAACUCAUCGACAUGAAGCACAUGGAACUUGCACCACCGCCAACGGAUCAAACAUUCUAUAUGCCGCAUCACCCCGUUGUAAAAGAGUCAAGCGUCACGACUAAAUUGAGAGUCGUGUUCAAUGCGUCCGCCAAAUCCACCACCGGGAAUUCGUUGAACGAUGCAUUAUUUGUUGGUCCGCAAUUGCAACCUGGUUUAUAUUCAAUUUUAACACGUUUCAGAACGCAUCGUUACCCAGUAACCGCGGACAUCGCGAAAAUGUACCGCCAAAUAUGCAUGUCCACGAAAAACCUCGAUCUACAACGCAUUGUCUGGCGUCGUGACCCGACGUUACCCAUAAAGGAUUGUCGCAUAUUGCGCGUUACUUAUGGUGUUGCCGCUGCGUCCUACUUAGCAGUUAAAUCGCUGCAACAAACCGCAAAAUAUUCGUCACACAUUUGUGAGAAGGCUGCUGCCGUCAUCCAUAAGGACUUUUACAUGGAUGAUCUCCUCACUGGUUCGUCUUCUAAAGAAGAGCUGCUUUGUUUACAACGAAACGUCUCCGAAAUACUGAAGGAAGGGGGCUUUGAACUUCGAAAAUGGGCGUCUAAUUGUGGGGAACUUUUUGAAAAUGUUUCGAAUACAUCGGAAAAUAUAUCACACUACCUAGUCGAUAGUAAAGAUGUCCAUGCCUUGGGCCUGAUAUUCAAUACAGAGGAGGACUACUUCACGUUCUCAGUUAAUCUGAGUCAAUCACCCACUAUUUUAACGAAGAGAACAUUCUUGUCUGAUGCUAGCACGCUUUUCGACUCACUGGGUCUGCUCGCUCCAGCGACCAUAAGAUCAAAGAUGUGGUUUCAGGAGAUCUGGCGUAUGAGUGUCGGUUGGGAUGACGUUAUUCCAGACUGCAUCGCAGCUCAGUGGCGACAACAUCGCUCGGAAUUGCUACUGCUAUCAAGUUUAAAGAUAAGUCGCUGGUUUGGCUCAGGAGCAGGUGAAUCGUUCACUGAGCUACAUAUUUUCGCUGACGCUUCCGAACGCGCUUACGCUGCCGUAAUGUACGCGCGCACAUUACACAACGACGGCAGUAUUACUGUCGUACUGAUCUCGUCGAAGACUAAGGUAGCACCACUUAAAACAACAACCCUGCCACGCUUAGAAUUGUGCGCUGCACAUCUUGCUGCUAAAUUGGCGCGAAGCGUGUUACAUAGCUGGGGUGAUAUCCGCUAUCCGGCAUGGCCUCAGGCGCAUCCUAGUAAGUGA